GUCCUCGACGGCAUAGUUAAUCUAUAUAAGGUAGUCGUUAAAAUCCUAGGUAGAGACGUACCGGUUCUAGAAAGGAUAGAGGAGACUAGCAAGUUCUUUCCCUACUUUAAGGACUAUAUCGGCGUAAUAGAUAGAUCUUACGUACCUUUAUUCGUUACUAGAGACCCGACCCUAUAG